AAAAAAAAAAAAAAAAAAAAACAUUUUUUUUUUUAAAAACAAAAACAUGGGACGAGGCAAAGUUCAGCUGAAACGAAUCGAAAAUCCGACAAGUCGGCAAGUUACGUUCUCCAAGCGUCGGAAUGGGCUUUUGAAGAAAGCUUACGAGCUGUCGGUUCUGUGCGACGCCGAGGUUGCCCUCCUCAUCUUCUCGCCGUCCGGCAAGGCCUACCAGUUUUCCAGCCACGACAUGGAUGGAACCCUAGCCAGGUAUAGGAGCGACGUGGGGCUACCGCAAUCGAACCAUCCACAUUCACGAGCUCUGGUUUGGAAGAGUGAGAUGGAGGAUAUGAAACGAUCGAUAAUCAGCUUGGAUGCAAGAUUAAGGAACUUUGCUGGUGAGGAUCUUGGACUGUUGAGCUUGAAGGAGUUAAAACAGUUGGAAAGACAAAUGAGCGUCGGAAUUGAACGUGUUCGCUCUAAGAAGAGACGCAUCACAUCAGAGCAUAUAAACCAGUUGAAAAGGAAGUACAAAGGCCUGCAAGAGGAGCAUAGCCGUCUUCAGAAAAGAUUGAAUCAGCUCAAGGAUGUGGGUGUCACAACCUCAAGAAUCUCAGAUGCUAAUGCCUUCUCUGCACUCGAUAUGGCAUUUCAGGUGGAUGGGUUACAAAAUUAAGCAAUAUGGUCUCUUCAAGCUUAAUUUUGGUAUUGAUGGUCUUCAAGCUUUGUGUUUCCAAAAACUUAUGUAAUUUUCUGUCAAAUCCAACACUAUUUGUGACGUCAUAAAGCAAAGAAAUUCAGUUUGCUUCUUCCAAUU